CCCCCACCCCUCAUCCUCUGAACGCGCCAUCAGCGCUCGCCACAACGAUGUUGAGGUAAAUAAGUGACGGGGCGAGGAUGUUGCAGUCGAACAAGAAGAAGAAGCAGCGACUCAACCGCAGCGUGAUGCUCGCCAAGAAGCUCAUCAUCAAGGACGGCGGCACGCCCCAGGGGUUUGGACAGCCGAGUGUGUACCACGCUGUCAUCGUCAUCUUCCUCGAGUUCUUCGCAUGGGGCCUCCUCACGGCCCCCACGCUCACGGUUCUUCACGAGACAUUCCCGCAGCACACAUUCCUCAUGAACGGGCUCAUACAGGGCGUGAAGGGGCUGCUGUCGUUCCUGAGCGCCCCGCUGAUCGGGGCCCUGUCGGACGUGUGGGGCCGCAAGUCCUUCCUGCUGCUCACCGUCUUCUUCACCUGCGCCCCGAUCCCGCUCAUGAAGAUUAGCCCCUGGUGGUACUUUGCCGUGAUCUCCAUCUCCGGGAUCUUCUCGGUCACCUUCUCCGUGGUGUUCGCCUACGUGGCGGACGUCACGGCCGAGCACGAGCGCAGCACGGCGUACGGCCUGGUGUCGGCGACGUUUGCGGCGAGCCUGGUGACGAGCCCGGCGAUCGGCGCGUACCUGAGCGAGGCGUACGGCGACGGGCUGGUGGUGGCGCUGGCCACCGCCGUGGCGCUGCUGGACAUCGCCUUCGUGCUCGCCGCCGUGCCAGAGUCGCUGCCCGAGAAGAUGCGGCCCGCCUCGUGGGGGGCCCCCAUCUCGUGGGAGCAGGCCGACCCCUUCGCGUCCCUGCGCAAGGUCGGCCAGGACUCGACGGUGCUGCUCAUCUGCAUCACGGUGCUGCUCUCCUACCUGCCCGAGGCCGGCCAGUACUCCAGCUUCUUCCUCUACCUGCGCCAGGUGAUGAAGUUCUCCUCCGAAAGCGUCGCCGCGUUCAUUGCCGUGCUGGGCAUCCUGUCCAUCAUCGCUCAGACGCUGGUGCUCAGCGCCCUCAUGCGCUCCAUCGGGAACAAGAACACCAUUCUGCUUGGCCUGGUCUUCCAGAUGGUGCAACUCACGUGCUACGGCUUCGGCUCCCAGCCCUGGAUGAUGUGGGCGUCCGGCGCUGUGGCCGCCAUGUCCAGCAUCACCUUCCCGGCCGUGUCGGCGCUGGUGUCGCGAAACGCCGACGCCGACCAACAAGGCGUGGUGCAGGGCAUGGUGACGGGGAUUCGGGGGCUGUGCAACGGGCUGGGCCCAGCCCUCUACGGCUUCAUCUUCUACCUCUUCCACGUGGAGCUCGACGAGGUGCCGGCCGGGGACAGCGCCGACCCCAGCAGGGCGGACGUGCCCGCCGCCAGCGACAAGACCAUCAUCCCAGGCCCCCCGUUCCUGUUCGGCGCCUGCUCCGUGCUGCUGGCGCUGCUGGUGGCGCUCUUCAUCCCGGAGAGGCCGGCGGGAUCCGGGGCGCAGGCCGGAGGCGCCGUCGGCCACCACCGGCGCCACCACCACCACCACCAACAACACCACGGGCUCCUCCACCACCACCAGCAGCAGCACCAGCAGCAGCAGCAGCAUCAGCACCAGCAGCAGCAGCACCACCAGCACGUGGGGGAGAUGGCGCUGGGCCACUCGGAGGAGGACACGCACUCCCCCCUCGCGACGGAGGGCGAGGAGCCGCUGCUGCAAGACAGCUCCGUGUGACGGCUGGCGCGCCGGACGCUCUUUGACCAAUGGACGGUGGGGGGUUGGCGUGGGAGGAGGAGGGGGGGUGGAGGUCAACCGGGGUCGGCAAAGUUUUCGGGGAAAGAUUCCAGCGCCCGACCUCCGUCAUCCGCGCGCACGCUGAAGCUGCCAUUUUCGUGCAACGGAUUGUUAUCGGAUCGUCGGAUCCACCCGUGUGGAGUUUCGAGUGUUGUUGUUGUUGUUGUCCCAUCUCCCCCCCCCGCCUCGCCCCCCCCUCCCGGUAUGUGUGGUGCGUGUUCAUAGUCCUGGUUUGUUUUGGUCUCGCGCGGAUUUACAACGGCGACAACAAAAAUCUCUCGUGUCGACUCGAGGAAUUGGCCAAGACGUCCCGAUGUAGGCCAGAGCCCUCCCCUGUGUAAGUAAUGAUAAUAAAAACAACAACAACAACAACACUGUCUUGAAUCUCACAGUGAGGCUUUCCGUGGUAAUUAAACGACAUAACAACAUGAAUAAAUAACAAGGCAAAAAAUAUGCCAGUCCUCCUAGCAGAUCGCAAAAACCAGGAGAUGUUACUACAGUCUGCGCGCGCGUGGACCCGCUACCUCUGACUGGCCAUUGGGGUUCCUACCGUGGCUCCGAUACCACCACCACCACCAUCACGACCACCACCACCACCACGACCACCACCACCACGGGGAUACGGCAGCAGCGGCAGCAGCAGCAGCUCAGCCUUUUCGCGCGACGUGACAAAUGACCGGCUCAGAGACGCGUCGUUUAGUUUUUUUCCCCGCAGCCACGCUCUUGCCGUCGCGUCCGCUCGCAAAUCCCACCGUGACGGAACGUGUGACGGUGAUGGCGGCGUCGGUGGCGGUGAUGAUGAUGGCGGUGGCCUCCAAGAGAAGGGGCCGAUGCCGGCCGAUUAACCCCCUUCGGUCGACGGCGAAAAAACAAAAAAAAACGUGGCCCAGUCCCAGUGGAAUGACUUCCCAGAACCUGCGUUUUUUUUCCAGGUCGUUUUUUAAUAUUUCUCUUUGACGUUGUCGCCGCACAUCGAGAGCGAGCGUGCGUGUGUGCGUGUGUGUGCGCGUGCGUGUGUGCGCGUGCGUGCGUGUGCGUGCACGUGCCCGCCCGGCUGCCCGCCCCCCGCUAAGGUUUACACUUUCUUCUGCGGGGACAAUUCCAGAGCGAAGUUGCACAUGUGUUUGGCAGGCCGUGCCGUGCGUGUAAGUGGGUGUGCGCGUGAGCACAGGCAGACCUGGUGGUCGCUUGGUUUGUGGGUGGCGCGUGGAGGGGGAUGGUGCAUGUGUGGGGAGCGGUGGUGCAGCGGUUAGCGCGCUGCUCUACGAACCCGGCGUCGACCCGAUUUCUCGAUUCCCGCUCACGGCCACCCACCAACAACGGUGACGAUUAUCCGAACCGGUCCUGGGCCUCCCCUAGGUCGACUCAGCCCUCGAAUGAGUACCUGGGUGCGGUGUGUAAAAAACAUCGCCACUGGGGAGACAAAGGCGGUCGGGCGUGGUGCGUGGUUGCUGGCCACCCACCCCCUUCCGUGCCGACGGCCUUCAGUAGGUACUGCAGCACUUGCCCCGACAGUCUGUUAAAGCCUCUACGGGGGUGGGGGGGAACUUUUGUCUUUGUGUGCGGGCUGCGUGAACCCCGGGGUGGUGGUGGUGGUGGUUGCGUGCAGUGCGAUCGUCGCACGGAGCGGCACCACCGGCGAGGCCGCGUGACGUCGUGGGUGCCGUUCUCUCUCGUUCGUGUUGGUCUCCAGGAACGUCUUGCGGCUUCAAAUGUGUUUCGCGUUAUUUUUUGUCCCCCCCCCCUCCGUCGUGGGUAGGUUGUGCUCGUGCGCGAGGCUCAGGAAGGGAGCCCGUCCGUUCGCGGAACGCGAUCGGAAGCUCGAUUCGGCACAGAGAGAAAGUGAACGUAUAAAUUAUAAUCGCAUUUCCUCCCCGUGUUUAAAAUAAAACUUGAAAAAAAAAAAAGAAAUCGCGUGUAAAGAAAUAAAA